AUGGACCGUCGAGCUUUCACAGUAAAAGAUGUAUCGGCUGCAGAAUUCAUAGCUGCUUACGCUGCAUACCUAAAAAGAACAGACAAAAUCGAGAUACCUUCAUGGGGAGACUACGUAAAGACAGGUGUCAACCGACAACUAGCUCCAUAUGACAAAGACUGGCUUUACAUUAGAGCUGCAGCUCUCGCCAGAAAGGUAUAGAAAUUUCCCAUAGAUGGCGCUGUUUGCCCUUGAUUUGCCCAUGAGGAAAAUUUUUUGGUUUGACCAAACCAUAUGGUACUUGUCGAACCAAAAAAUUUCCCCAGUGGGCAAAUCAAUGGCAAACAGCACCAUCUAUGGGAAAUUUCUAUAUAUCUAAGACGCCACUUGGGAAUUAGUGCUCUUCAAAAGAUUUACGGAGGAAGCAAAAACUAUGGCACCACUCCUCGCCACUUCACUACAGGAUCAGGAAAGAUUAUCAGAUAUCUUUUGGCUCAGCUUGAAAAGCAAGGAAUUCUUGAAGUUGACACAGAAGAAAUUGAAGGAAAGCAUGGAGGAAGAAGAAUUACUAGUCUCCCAGGUAAAUUUUUUUAUUUUUAUUAUGUAUUGCAAUAAUUUCUUUUAUCAUGCAUAUGCAUGCCAUUUUGAAUUUGGUAUAUGAAAACCAAAUAUGUUUUUCAAAAUGCUGAUUUUGGUGCGGCAAAUCCAUAAUUUGAAAUUUCAUAAGAAAAUGGUGCAUAUAACGUCUAUAAGAAAUUUUACCAACGAAUUAUAGCAUAAUAUUUUAUUUUUAAUAAAUAGAGUAAGAAAGGACAACAAGAACUUGAUAGCAUUGCUAAACAGAUUUCUCAAGCAGCUUAA